UCCACGAGCACCGAAGCGGAUAAAGCGUCCCCCACCUCCUCUCCUCCAACGAGCGCCUCCUCCUCCUCCUCCUCUCUUCCACUCCCUCCCCUCCACCAUCGCCUCCUCUACUCCGCCGCGCGCUCCCUCGCCGUGCAUGAAACCCUAACCCCACCUAAACCCUCGCCGAACCUCCCCCCCCCACCCCCUCCGCGAUGGCCAAGUCGCUCCUCUCCUCCUCCCUCCUCCCCUCGCUGCCCCGCGUCGCGGGCGCCGCGAGGCUGCCGCUUCUCCCGUCGCUGCGCUCCCUCCGCCGCCGACGCGCCGGGGCGUGCAGGGUGAGGGCGAGCCUGCACGGGCUCGAGUCGGUCGGGGGACUCCAGGCCGCGCUGGAGCGCGCCGAGGCGGCGCUCUUCACGCUCGCGGACGCCGCGGUCGUCGCGGUCGACGCGGCCGCGGGGGCAGGAGGAGGGGAUGCCGAGCAGGCGGCCGCGGCGGUUCAGAAGAACGGGGGGUGGUUCGGGUUCAUCUCCGAGGCGCUGGAGGUCGUUCUCAAGGUGCUAAAAGAUGGUCUGUCAACAGUUCAUGUGCCUUACUCAUACGGAUUUGCGAUCAUUCUGCUCACCAUCAUAGUGAAGGCUGCGACUUUGCCUCUAACAAAAAAGCAGGUCGAAUCAACUCUGGCGAUGCAGAAUUUACAGCCACAGAUCAAGGCAAUCCAGCAGAGAUAUGCAGGCAAUCAGGAAAGGAUACAGCUAGAGACUGCUCGGCUAUAUAGGCAAGCUGGAGUCAACCCGUUAGCAGGAUGUUUUCCAACUUUGGCAACAAUACCUGUCUGGAUUGGUCUUUACCAGGCCCUUUCGAAUGUGGCAAAUGAGGGAUUGUUGACAGAAGGAUUUUUCUGGAUUCCUUCAUUGGGAGGCCCAACAACGAUUGCUGCUCGGCAAAGUGGUGCUGGCAUUUCUUGGCUCUUCCCUUUUGUGGAUGGUCAUCCUCCAUUAGGCUGGCAUGACACGAUAGCUUAUCUCGUGUUGCCUGUACUACUUGUUGCUUCUCAGUACGUCUCUAUGGAGAUCAUGAAGCCACCACAGAGCGAUGACCCAUCACAGAAAAACACACUGCUCGUUUUGAAAUUUCUUCCGUUUAUGAUUGGAUAUUUCUCUUUGUCAGUGCCAUCGGGAUUGUCCAUUUAUUGGUUUACGAACAAUGUCCUCAGCACAGCCCAGCAGGUGUGGUUACGGAAAAUGGGAGGAGCAAAGCCUGUAGUCAGUGAGGGAGGUAGUGGAAUAAUUACAGCAGGACGAGCAAAACGCUCCAAUGCUCAACCAUCUGGUGAAAGGUUUAGGCAGCUAAAAGAAGAAGAGAACAGGAGAAAAUUCAACAAAGUGCUUGCUUCAGGAGAUUCAGUUUCAGCAUCGUCUAUAUCAGAGGAUGAAGACUUGGAUGAUGAGACCACAGAAGAGGGAGGGCCUGUAGAGGAUGCAUCCAAUGCUGGUAGCAACAAGAAACUUCCAAGUUACUCUGGGAAGAAGGGCAAAAGAUCGAAAAGGAAGCGCAUGGUGCAGUAAUGUGGCAGAGCCAAAUUGGAUUCAUUUUUGUCACAACUGGUAAGUGUUAAUUUAGUUGACCAAUUCAAUGCCACAAUUGAUCUCGGAGACAAUUUUGAUGGUCGCUUAGAGGCCUACGCUUCAAGUGCAGACAAAUAGAUAAUUUCUGGGGUCACAGGUAAUUUGGGUAAAUUGUGAGAUGAAGUAGUUCAGUACAUGCUAUAAUAUAGGUUUGAGAGGGUAAUCGACAGGGGCCAGGGCUUGAGUAUAUGUGUAAGCAGAGGAGAUGAUCUUUAGAAGUAGAAAAAAAUACUCUCGCGUUAUUCUGUAAGUUGGGUUCCAAAAUUGGGCAGCAACUGGAUCAUCCAGAAUCCAGACUACUGAUAUGCAUUCCUUUUUCGCUCUUGUAAACGGAUAAAAUUGUUUCAGGGGUACAUUGCGCAGGCUGACAACCAUCCUCAUACGAAGGAGUUUGAUUCAACUUGUCAUUGUGUUGUCAGAAUUGUAAAGUAAUGAACUUGUGCUAAUAAUCUCUGGGCCCGGUAGAGUAAAGUGGUAAAUUUGUGUUGA